CAGUGUGUCCCGGAUCAUGGCUGAGCGCAGGAGCGCGGACAGAGACGGGGAUCUGCCGGUGUAUCUGGCUCGACCCGGGACCGCGGACCAGGUGCCGCGACAGAAGCACGGAGGCUUGUUUUGUAACGUAGAAGGAGCGUAUGAGAGCAAAACCAUCGAUUUCGGCGCUCUCUCUGUCGGUCAGAGGAGCUCCAGGAGCCCAAGAGCCACACACAGAGAAGAGCUGAAGCCUUCCAAGAACCAAACACACUUUCCUUCUCCACACACUGACCGAGAAGAUGAAGACACGGAACUAACGAAGAACGCGCUCGAGGAAGCUCCACAACACCCUGAGAAGAGUGAUAGGCUCCUGAUUAAAGGCGGUCGGAUUGUGAACGAUGACCAGUCUUUCUUUGCAGACAUCUAUAUGGAGGAUGGAGUCAUCAAGCAAAUUGGAGACAACCUGAUAGUCCCAGGAGGGGUGAAGACCAUCGAAGCCGAUGGGAAGAUGGUGAUCCCUGGAGGAAUCGACAUCCACACACACCUACAGAUGCCCUUCAGGGGGAUGAACACUGUGGAUGACUUCUCUCAGGGCACCAAGGCUGCUCUCGCCGGAGGAACCACCAUGAUCGUGGAUCAUGUGAUCCCGGAGCCGGGCUGUAGUCUGCUGGAGGCGUUCGAGCGCUGGCGAGAGUGGGCCGAUGAGAAAGUGUGCUGUGAUUACUCUCUGCAUGUGGACAUCACCCACUGGAGCGACGGCAUCAAACAAGAGGUCCUGAGCCUCAUUAAGGAGAAAGGAGUGAACUCUUUCCAGGUCUACAUGGCCUAUAAAGACCUCUAUCAGAUGAGCAACAGCGAGCUUUAUGAGAUCUUCACCUUCCUCGGAGAGCAUGGAGGAAUUGCACAGGUCCACGCUGAAAAUGGAGAAAUAAUUGCUGAGGAGCAGAACCGUAUGCUGGAGAUGGGCAUCACCGGACCCGAGGGACACGUUCUCAGCCGUCCAGAGGAGCUUGAGGCUGAAGCGGUGUUUCGAGCCGUCACUAUUGCAAGUCAAACCAACUGUCCGCUCUACGUGACCCGCGUGAUGAGCAAGAGCGCUGCUGACAUCAUCUCACAGGCCAGGAAAAAAGGUAAUGUGGUUUUUGGCGAGCCGAUCACGGCCAGUUUGGGAACCGAUGGGACUCAUUAUUGGAGCAAGAACUGGGCAAAAGCGGCGUCUUUUGUGACCUCACCACCCCUCAGUCCUGACCCAACCACUCCAGACUACCUGAGCACCCUGUUGGCCAGUGGUGAUCUGUCGGUGGUGGGCAGCGCUCACUGCACGUUCUCUGUAGCUCAGAAAGCUAUAGGGAAAGACGACUUCACUCAGAUUCCUGAAGGAGUCAACGGAGCGGAGGAAAGGAUGUCCAUCAUCUGGGACAAGGCUGUGGUCACUGGUAAAAUGGAUGAGAACAUGUUUGUCGCUGUGACUAGCACCAAUGCUGCCAAGAUCCUCAACCUUUAUCCACGCAAGGGUCGGAUAGCCGUGGGCUCCGACAGUGAUCUGGUUAUCUGGGACACAGAUGCCGUCCGGACCGUCACAGCUAAAACUCAUCAUUCUGCAGCGGAGUAUAAUGUGUUCGAGGGCAUGGAGCUGAGAGGUGCACCCAUGCUGGUCGUCUGCCAGGGGAAGGUUGUUCUGGAGGACGGGAAGCUGAACGCGACCGCUGGCACCGGACGUUUCAUUCCCUGCUCCCCAUAUCCAGACUUCGCUUACAAACGUGUCAAAGCCAGGAAACAGCUGGCCGUUCUGAAGGCGGUCCCCCGAGGCAUGUAUGACGGCCCCGUGUCUGAAUUCUCACCCAUGUCGAGGGGCGGCACGCCGUCUGCCUCCACCCGUACCUCACCCUCUAAAACCCCUGCAAGGAACCUCCACCAGUCCGGCUUCACACUGUCAGGUCCUGAGGAAGCCCCCAUCAGACCGGCUGGAAGACGCAUCGUUGUGCCCCCCGGGGGCCGCUCCAAUAUCACCUCCCUCAGUUAAAUAUAAAGAGCAUGUAAGAGAGAGGCCAGGAUCAAAUCAGCCGUGUAGAAGUAAGGUUUAGUCAGGCAACGAAACACUGAACUCAUGCCUUACCCUCCAUGAUUUCCUCCUGCUGAGCGACUGAAGACCAGAAGCCCACCUCUGAGAAAGUGAAGCAUUUAGUGUAGCGUUACGUUCAUUUGUGUGUUUAGAGAAACUGAAUUAGAAGACAUUAGAAUUACGGUAAAAACAACUCUCGUUUGGAUGGCCUGUGGUGUUUAUGAAAGGCGUUUGCGUUCGGUAAGGAAGGAGUACUGCUUUAUUUGCAUACAUCAUUUGUGAUUAGUUAACGUUACUUUUGAAGUCUUGAGCAGUGUUUUUGGAGUAUAAUAAAGCUGAAUGUUAAGGAAGAACAUGCAAUGAUAUUAUUACAGGACAUAUAUUCACAUACUGCUUUCAUUAUCCGUCUCACUGAAGAUACGAAAAACAUUGAGCGUCCGUCGUGUGAAGGAAUAGUUGAAUAACGUUAAUAAAACCAAUAAACAAUCUCUUGCAAAAACGAAUGAUAUAAACAAAGCCUGCAGGAGAAAGAUGUUCACCGUUUGCAUUGAUCAGUUAUUAUUGAAAGAUGAUCAACAGGUGCUACAAUGUCUUUUCUUAAAUAAUGCGAGGUAUUGGAAUACGUUUCUGAUUUCUCAAUCUUUCGUGUGACUUUGAAGCUCUCAGUUCAUUGACAUAAAAAGACAUACUGUAUGUUAGAUGCCCCAAAUAACGAUGGCCGAUUUACCGAAUGAUGCGGAGUAGGUUGUUGAUUAUAUUUAUGUCGUUUGAUUGUAUUACCUAUCUUUAAAAAAAAAAAAAAAGCAGGUGGAAAUGAACGUGUGAUGUGCAAAACUUGCUCCUCAAUAAACAGAAGUUACAACUGA